UCAUCUGCUCCUGCGCUCAUCUGCUCCUGUGCUCAUCUGCUCCUGUGCUCAUCUGUCCCAGCCCCUCCAUAGUCUGCUGCCCCCGCAUCGUUUCUAUCCUCGUCUUCACCUUCCCUCCGCCACCAACUCCCUGACGCAAUGGGUCUGUUCCGGGCCAUCGCUGGCCUCCUCCAAACCAUCUUCUCGGAUAGUCCGCCAGACAUCCAGGUCCUCCUCCUCGGAAGCGACCCGAAUCUGUGUGCUGGAUUCCCUGGACUCACACCCGUUACCAUCCGAGGCGUCAUCCGCAUCACCAACAACUCCUCGCCGCAGAGCCGGAACGACGCCCAAAUCACUAGCGUCGUCCUGGACCUGCUCGGCAAUUGCGAAACCUCCCGCAAGAGCACUUCCUCCGCCAAGCAGGUCCUCCUCAACAACCCCAUCACGCUGAUACAGUAUCCCAUGGUUCUCCAGUCGGGACGAGUCGUCGAUCUCCCGUUCGAAUGGAAUCUCGAUCAAGCCCUCUCUGACUCGCUGCCGUCUUCGUUCGAGGCGAAUAAGGGACAGCACACCCGAGACUAUGCUGCAUUUGCCCGCUAUCUCAUCAAGUGUGAAGUCUACCACAGCGCCUCGUCAACUCCUAUUUCCCUGAAGAUUCCCUUUCGCAUGCUCCACUUCAACAUCGACAUGGUCAAGGCCAUGCUGGCAACGGACGAUCCCCGCGGAUGGUCCGACUCCAACUCCAAAAUCGAAUACCACAUCUCCUUCGAUAAGCUCUGCGUGGCCCCUGGAGACGCUCUGCACGUCAAGUUCCGGUGCGUGCCGCGGGGCAAAGUCCUCAUCCAAAGCCUGGCCAUCCGCAUCAAGGAGUAUCAAACCAUCUAUGUGCCGAAAAACAAACUGGUAUUCAGUGGGCCCGUGCAUCACUGGCCGCCCCGCACCGACACCAAGGUCUGGCAGAAGAUCGCCUCGAAGGAAUACUGCAUGAACUGGGAGAUCACCGAGCCAGUGAACGGCGCCUUUUGGCAGGAGCAAACGGCCACCAUCCAGCUCCCAGACGUGCCAUCCCAGACGAGCCCCCCAAACUUUGGUCUGAACCCCUCGGUCAACACCCCACAUGUCUCCAUCGCGCACAAGAUCAAGGUCGUCAUCACCCUCCAAGGCGCAUCCAACGUCAAGCUGGAGCUGCCGCUCCAGGUGUGUAGCGCGCCGCUGAGCUUGUGCCAGUCGUUGGUCGCUCAGUACCCACAGCUACUCGAGUUCCGGAGAGCAUCUCCGACCCCGCAGCCCCCCGAGAGCCUCCUUCAGCCCGAGAACAAGGCGCAUCUGGAGAACCUGCGUCCAUCGCAGUCUGCGGGAUCCAGCAGCGAGUGGCCGCCGGAAUACGACGGCGACUCCAAACCCUCAUCCAGCAGCGACUGCAAGCCCCGGUAUGACGAGAAGAGCUAGUCGCGGUGGGCAAGAUGUCGCCUCUUCACGGCGGCUUUUGAUUUCGCUCUGUAUGAAGCGAAAUGACCCUCUGUCGAUGGUCACAGAUCGCCGUUUGCUAUCGGCUCCUGAAUACACAUAUGCCCAGUCGCCGCCC